CCUGACUGUCUUCACUGCUGCAACACCUCGCCUCCUGACUCAGGACCACGGCUUCAGAGGUCUCAUCCAACAUCUUCCUCCACCCAAAAAGAUGGCUGGCCUGUGCUGGAUGGUUGUGGUGCUGGUCUUCAGCCUGUCUGCUGGACACACCGAGGCUAUGGAUCUGAAUGAGGUCCAAAGAAUUGUAGAGUACUUACUAAACAAGUACUCAAAAGACAGUAAAAACAAUGACAACAAAUUACAGUUCAGUCUGGCUGUAAACAUCCCAGAGAACCAGGACCUGACAAAGCUCCAGGAACUCUUCAACGCUGACGAUGCUGACACUGUGAAAAAGGCCAUUAAACGGAAAGUGUACACAAGCAACAAUAUGGUUGCAGCAAUGCCUUUAAAAAAAAAAGAUGAUCAUGCAGAGGCACGAGUACUAGACAACAUACAAUCUUUAGCUGUGGGUAGUGCGGGUAAGAGUCUGGUCUUCUAUUCUUACCUUUCUCCAUGUGUCAGAAUGUGUGCAAACCCAAACAAUGACAAAAAUAUCUUAUCCAAGAUAAAUGGUAGAAUUUCCACAGGCCAAUGGGGGGAAACAAUUUUUGUGUUUUCCACAGUAUCCCAAACGUACAAAGAUCAAAAUAACAAAGAGCAAACAUGUUCUGAAGAAGAAAUUAGAGACGCCCUUAAGGAACUUGGAAAAACUAGCUUGAAUUACAACAUAUUCCGUUGUGACUACCCAAUCAACCGUCAAUUCCAAUGCAUCAACUGCUUCCACGGUAAAGAACCUGUUGAAGGUUGUGUUAAAAAAGAAUUCAUAAAUGUGUAAAACCCAGCAGGGGCUGUGGUCGAGUUGCCAUGGAGUAGAGGAGAUCUGGGGACAACUGUUUUAGGCCCAACUGAUGGGAAACAACCCAAAACACAACUGGAUCCUCCUGAAAUUACAUUUAAAGAAAUUGAUUGCUGCAUGCCUAACGAUGCGCUUUCGCCUUUAAUCUACAGUACAAGCUAAAUAAAGCGACACGCUGCGGACACAGACACAUUUCAGAAGUCUUCUUUAGUUCGUUAACUAACAUUUUCCUGCACACAGGGUUUUAAGUGAUUGUUUACCUUAACACGGACUGAUUUUUGUAAUUAUUCCGUUUAACUGUUAUGGAU